CGAAAGCGCAUGAGCCCUUCGUGAUCGUGGUAACCCCUGCGAUUGUCCAGUCCAUCAUCCUGACCAAGCAGUGUUUUUCUGCCCCACGAUCGAAGUCCGGUUUCUUACCAAUACCCGAUUUCUACGAGUAGCCAGGCUCAAAAAGCCGAGAGACUGGCCAAAUAGGAACAAGAUCUGCUGGUCACUAUCGCGGGCAGCUUGGAAAGUGAGUCAUUUUCUACCCAUCAGUCAGUGUCAGCCAACUGCUUCUGGGACGGCCUAAGAAGCUCUCGGACUUUUGACCAAAGCUGGGGGACAAAGGACUUUGCAGCAUUGAUGUACGAGUAGUCGUCUAGCUGCCCGCAAGAACGUGUCUGUUCCCCCGGUUCGGGACACGAUGUCGGCGAUUUUGAAACGCGAGGCUCGAACGGGGACUGAGUGCGUGGAAUUCUUUUGUUCAUUCGCCCUAUUCUGCAGCUUUUCAUUCCUUCACGAGCUGCCUGUCUCUGCGAAUCAGUUCACUUCUCGUCUUUUCGGCACUACCAGUGCCUUCAAUGGCACCAUUUACUCUUCCUCCCCAAAUCCUGGUGGUGCAAAGUCCUCCUCCUCCUCAGUGAGCACGAUUGGCGCACUCGGAGCAGCCACCACCACCAUUCCUCCUCCCAUCCCUUCAUCUGUUCCGGUACUGGCAUCCUGCACAAUACUCGUUGGAGUUGCCUGUUGAACUUGCUGGACCAUGGACGAGCUGGCAGGAACAGGCAGAGCAAGAGCAAUAGCAGACUCGACGUCCAUUUGGUCGUCGGUGAUGAUCUCUAGGUCGGACGAACCUUCAGAGAAGCCGUCGUCCACCUCCAUGUCCACUUCCUGCUCUUCCUCGGUCGUGGUUUGAUCUUCCUGCUCAACAGGGACUGUCGUACCAUCGUCCUCUGUCCUCCGAACCCGCUUGGGUAGGAUUGUUGGUGUGCUGUCGUCUUCAGCGGCAAGGAGGCCCGGAAAACUGCCCUGAGGCAAUGGACACUUUUCGGUACCCGCUCCACGAACAUGAGGAGCCAAGAUCGUUCGACCUGGACGCGCAACAGCCGGCCCAUCCUCCGCACGAGUCGAUUGCUCUUCGAAUGACCUCGAGCCUCGUUUUCCGAGACCCGAUGCCACCGAAGCAGGGCCAGGAGAUGAACCAGCGGCGUCCUGUCCUGUUGCAAAUCGAACCCGUCGGGGCAUUGCCCUGCGGCGGUCCACAAAGAUCGAAGUACCCUCAUUGGGCACCCUGAUGAUCGGGCGCAGAACAACCACAUUGCUGGUGGUAGGGGAAUUGGCAGGCGGAGAGACAUCGUCGCCAUCGUCGGCGUCCUCGACGGUUGGCUUGGGAGGAGCACGAGGGGCCAAACUGGCAGGUGCAGGCACAGUUGGAGGGGUGGCCGGCGGAGAAGCAUCCUCAGUUUGCGUGGCGGCCGACACGCGACCAGCACGUCGUGGGAAGAUGAUUGUCAUGAGGAGCUUCAAGACGUCAAAGAGGGAGAGUCCGGUGACAUUCUUGCAGGCGAGCGACAGGUAGGCAUAUAUCUUGAUGGUGCCAAAGAUGAUGAUGCAGUAGUCGACGAAGAGGACUGCACGAAAGAUUGCCUUGCCCAGGGUCCAGUUGAGUGCUCGGAGAAGGUUGAUGAGGAAGAUUGACGACUUCAGAAGAGGUCCCUUCGUCGCUUGCUUGCAGACUCUGAAGAUCUCGUGGCAGGCGGGUUCGACGAUGAAGGUUCGGACGAAGGUGAUGCCAUUGUGGAAAAGGUCCUUGACAGCCUUGUUGGCUAGGAGAAUUCUUUCUGUCACGACGUUCGAGGUACUGUCCCUGGCGAUCUUGUUUGAGGGCUCGUCCAUGGGGAAUGUGACUUCUUUCGUCACGUAAGAGAUGACAGUUACUGUGGUUGUGGUUGGUGCUUGAGUCGUGGUAAUGGUUGGUUUGAGUGCCCAUGAAGACGUGAAAUUGCUUUCAAUCGUAUCCAAGAGGUGUUCGGCCGUUGAAGAAGUGUGUCCAUGAUGGUACUUGACCAUGUGCCAUGAGAAGAGACCAAAGACAGAAAGACCAGCGACAGCAAGCUCCACGCUACCAGGCUCGAAGGGGUUUGCGGCCAGCGCAACGCCCGGGGAGAGGAAAGAGAUCAGGAAAAGGAUGAACACGUUCAUGAUGAAGGUGUUUCCAGGUGUUCGAAUUGUGUCAAUGCUGUUUCAAGGUGUGAAGAGUGACUUCUAGUCAAGAAACAGUCUGAAAAUGUGUGUUCGAACGUAACCUGAGAGAGGAAAGAAAGAAGGAAGUUACAGUGUGAUGGAGAGGUGGUUUUGUACACUGAAGAGUGUGAAUGGCUGUAUUGACCGAGAAUACAACAAUAGCAGUCAAUACUGCGAAAUUCGGGUGAAUAGGCCAUUGAGUGAGCCAGCGAUUGUGGUGUAGAGAUUUGUACCGCACCGCUGUGUGGGUGAAUGGCAUAGUAGGGGGUGACAAUAGGCGGCAAGGCUGAGCGUUCAGGGGCCGGGUAAGUUGGCUCAGAAGCCCAUUCAGAGCUCAUAUUGUCGAGCUGCAUGGUAUUGAGACGAUGCCCUUCUCGCUGUGAAUGAACCCCUGUAAUUCAUGAAUAGAGCAGCCUGUAUCUUCGAUGUAUUCUAC